AUGGCGGACAACAGCAACAUGAAAUGCAGUUUUCAUAAUCAGGAUUACAAACUAUAUUGCAAGGACUGCAAGGACUGUAUUUGCUUGGAAUGUUUAGAUGAUGACCUGCAUCAAAUGCAUAGCUUCUGUAAGUUAAAGGAUGCCAGAAAUGACAUACUGAAAGAAUUACAAACAUUCAUAGCUGACAAUGGCGAACAUAACAGUGAAACAGCUGACCAUUUUUCUAAAGCGUUAAAGCGUAAGAUGGAAGAAUUCAAAGAUGCUGAGUUGUUGAUAAAGACUCAAGUAAUAGAUGGCGCGGAAGAAAUGAUAAAGCAUAUAAAGGCUUCAAAAGAUGAACUCCUUACUUCAUUAGAACAACAGUUCUAUAAACAUAACGAACAUAUCCAAACUGUUCAAGAAAGUUUGAAAAAAAUCUGCUCAGAAGUUGAUAAUGUAGACCCCGAAACUAUUAAGGAGGAUCAGGUAGUUAAUUUUCUUGUUGAGAUGAAAAGGUGUAUUUCGACAUGUAAAAACUUGCUAUCGAAGGAUGAAAAGCCGACUUUCAUUCAAAAUCCAAAUUGUACGUUGGGAUAUUUCACUUCUAUUUAUGACGACAAUACAAAUGUCGAGACAAAUUGUAAAUCUGAUAAUGUAAUCGAUAUAAACAAUAAGCCGCAUAAAUAUAGUGUGACUGUCGAGUCGCAGACAGUUAAUAAUGAUUGUCUUGUCGCAAAAGAACCCGAAGCAAACCAAGAAGAAAGUUCGUCAGAUGAAAUACUAGAUUAUCCAAUAACCAUUAGUUUUGAUAACAAAGAAGGAGAGAUUGACAAAAUUUGUCCAAUUUCAGAUGAAGAUGCAUGGGUAAUUAUCAGCAGACAAAUAAGAAAAAUAGAAAAUCGGGUACUUGAAAGUACAAUAUACGCAACGGCAGAUGAUUUUGUAGUGCUCAAGGAUGGGUCUGUAGUAGUGCUGAACUGGUAUGACAAAUUUAUAAAAAAACUACUUCUAGACGGAAGAAUAGUACCGUUUUCUUGUUUGAAUAAUACCAACGCUGGAAGUAUAUGCUUAACGGAGAAUUCUUUUUUUAUAAACAUGUAUUACUACGACCAUGGAAAUUCCCGAAGACAUUUCUAUAGCAUGAACUCUUUUAAUUUGGAUGGCACCUUUUCAUCAACCUGGGAUGUGUCAGCUUUCAAUCUAAAAGGAACACCGACAUUAGCAGUAUAUAUAAAUGGGAAAGUAACGUCAUUUUGUAUUUUAUGUAAAUAUUACGUUCAAAAACUUGAAAGAAAAAAUGCGUUAUCGACUAUACAUCUUGUAAGUCCAGGGAAAAAAUACAAUGAUUCUACGAACUUGGCUGAUGUUAAAUCGUUUCAAGGAAAUUUUGGUAUGUCACCGAGUGUUGAAUUCAAGUGUAAUGGAGUCUGUAUUGACAAAAACAAUACCAUUGUAGUUUCUGAUACAACAUAUAGAUGUGUUUAUGCUUUAGAUGAAAACAUGAAAUUCAAGAAGUUUGUUGUGAGCAACAGUGACUAUAACCUUGAAUCACCUGGCGCAAUUGCAAUAUACAAUGAUCAUUUGUGGGUAGCAGAUGGCAAAAAGAUAUUGAUAUUCCGGUACAAUGUUGACGAAAUAAAAAAAAAUGAAAUUUGA